GCAGAUCCAAAGAGCGCAUGCUUCCCAAAAGCAGAGUACGUCGAGUACGGUGUUCGUGUUGUUGCUGGUUGUGCGGCGUCCCGUCGACCGUCUCCUCCGUAUAAUAGAGGGAGACCCUCUAACAUUCGGGUUUGGCGUUCUUACGACAUGAGCGUCAACGUACGCAGCUUAAUAAGAGAGGUUCACAAACGACCGAUUCUUUGGGACACAGCCCACAAGGACCACGCCAACAGGUUCCUAUUGGAACGCGUCUGGAUUGAAGUAGCCACCGUCCUGGACGCUCACGUAAGAGACGUACGUCAAAAAUGGAAAUAUCUCCGAGAUCAACAUCGGAGAGAAGUAAAAAAGAUAGCAGAAUCGGCAUCAUUAGGAGCGAUGGCUUAUGAGCCAAGUUGGAAAUAUUAUCAUCUCCUUUUCUUUUUGGUUGAACAGAUAAAUGCAAAAAUUGAAAAAGCCCAUUGCGUCCCAGAACGUAGUGGUGAAGUUCCGAAUAUCAGUACACCCACGAAUUUUUUCGAAGAAGAAUCAUCAUCGUCAUCAACUCGAAUGCAAUACGAUGAGGAGUCACCAGAAAGGAAACGAAAAAGAACAAAAUUUGAUAUUGACGAGGAUUUAUUGGCUUAUUUGGUGAAGUUGGAACAAAAGAAGGUGGAUAUUUUAUUGGCACAAGAUGAAGCGAAACAGGAAAAUUCAGACGAUUUGUAUUUUAUGAAGAGUUUGUUGCCGAUUAUGAAAAGUUUCACGAGAGUUCAAAAGUUGGUCGUCAGGAAUAAGAUUUUGAAGAUUAUUAUUGAGGAGAUGAACGCGAAUCAAUCGUUUGUAUUUCCGGAACCGUCCGGAAAUUGAAUAAUAAAAAUAAAAAUUAAAAAUAAAGUUAUCCUUAAUAUAAAUUAAAAAAAAAAGCAAAAUAUAGAAUUGUGUUUUUUAGAUUAGUUGCAAA